AUGGAUCUUGCACCGGUACCCAACGUGGCAUUCGCUGCUGCAGCAUGCUUGGGCUGCUACCAAGCCCCUCCCAAUACCUCCCCUCUGUCGCGCUGCUCGGGCUGCAAACGAGUAAAGUACGUUCGACAGCACUCCACGCCUCAGAUAACCAAGCCGGCAUACACGGCUGGUCAUGGCUAGCAUGCCGCGGGCAGCCCCAUGGUAGUAAGCUGACCCAUGCACCACUGCUUGACUGUAGAUUCUGUUCCAAGGAAUGCUCCGUCAAGGAGUGGCCUGACCACAAGUCGUUCUGUCGGGCAUUCGGUGCGAUGCGCAAGCGACCCCAGGCUACACUGCCACCCAUGUAUCAACUCUCGUCAGUCUGUUCGAAGAGAAUUUAUCUCGUGUUCCGAUGACUUGUGCUUGUGUCUGAUCUGGUGGUUAUCGAUCCCCGUUUGCCACAGUUCCAUUUCGGAUCGAAGACAGACCCACCGGGCUCAAUUCGCUCUGGAGGACGAGUUGAUGGCCGCUGCACUCAAACGUCAGCCGACGAUGCUCGAGUCGAAGCUACUAUGGAGGGAGCCGCGAUGUGCUGUAUGCUGUCAGCCGGGAGACGUGUUUCUUCUUCACUGGCUGAGGUCCGAGCUCAUGUCCUGAAACCCCCGCUUCUCUCGCAUAGGGGAUCGAGAAGCCGAUGUCGAAGGCAGGGACUCUGAGCAUGAAGGUGACAGCUGGCGGGUGUGCCCCAAGUGUCGGAUCAUGCCUUGGUGCUCUGAAUGGCACGAGAAGGGGACCAAAGAAGAACAUCUCCAAAUCAAGGGUGACGACGGGAAAACCCAGGUCAGUCUCUGCCACGGCGGAUUCUGUCGAGCCCAGCCCCCACAUUGACAGGAUCGCCUUCAUAUAUGCACAGUGCGAGACGUUCCAGCUUUCCAACGAAAUCGAUGAAUUCUACCUCCGACAUGCCAUCGCUGUCGGAGGGGAAGGCAGCCCACCUUCGCUCUGGGUCCCGACCCGAAUCCUCAACAAACCAGCAGCCUUGCCAGCCAACUGGCCCGAGUAUCUCUCGACCGUCGAGCCACCACCCCGUUCGACCCAAGCAGAAGUGUACGGCGUCUUCGUCGAAGCUCUCUCUCCCGUGUUCACUAUAUUGGCCUCUUUGCGUCGUCUCUUCCCCACCUCAACGAUCGACUCGGCUUCGUCGCUAAGGCUCAUCUUUCUCGAGGAGACGCACCAAACCCUUUCUUCCAUCCUACCCGCUUUUGAAGAACUACAACAUAUUCUUCCCUCGCUUCACCAUCUUGAACUGGUCGCCCAUUCUCUCUCACCACCCAGUGGAGCUGCUCCUCCCAAACCUCGAACAGUGCCCUUACCCCUCUGCCCAGCAUGUACGAAAAGCGGUCGAACGCGUUCCAUCACCCACCACCAAGGGUCUUGGCCCGCUCUGAACGAGUCGAUCCCCAGUUUGGCUAUCUCUCUCAAUUCAACCCUCUCCCAAUCCCUCCUCGAUCCUACCUCACCAGAUUACCACAAACCCGCACUCCAAAGCCUAUUCCAAGCCGGGACCCCAAUCCUCUUCACCGCUCAGACGGAGGAAGAAUCAACAGACGAUCUGAAUGCGAUUUUUGGAAAGGAGAUGGGGUGGGGAAGGGAAAUGGUCAAGGUGGAGUGGGAACCAGUGAGGAACAGGUGGAGUGGUGGGUGGCCAAGGUUGGAUGGGUGGGAGGAGGACGGGUAUUGGAAGAAGAAUGGAUGGACUUUUUGUAUUGGCAAGGCUUGA